AUGAAGGCUAACGUAACCGCGAUACAAAUCCACAACGCGAGCGCCUUGACGGCAGGCGGAAGCGCAACGGAGACGAGCACGGCAAGCGCCAGAAAGGACGCGGAGAUGCCCGCGGAGCCGAUCACAGCCGUGCAGCGUGAGCCGAAACGCGAAUGGAACAAGUCGCCCAAGAUCACGAGGACGGGCCCCGAGUUAGCCGCGGCGACAACGACGGAGGCGUCGCGGUCUGUCAGCUGGAGCUCCGCUUGCAGGCCGGGGACCAGCGCCGGCUACCAGUAG